UUUUAUAUGUAGCAAGCUUGCAACCCUUUUAUAUAAAAAUUUGAUGAUGGAAUGGAGAGUGCGGUACAAAAGACAAUACGCUUCAUAUUAUCGAAUUUAGGUAGUAAAUAACAAUUUCUUAUUUUAUACGCGUUGUACAAUGACAAAAAGUUUUAGUUUCGAGACUGUGGUAUUGUAAAUUGUGUUAAACACAACAUACGCGAUUGUGACAUACGCAUAGGUUACAGGUUAGAGAUUUGUACGUAAAGUUUUAGUAAAAAAUGGAUUCGCCGCCGGCCCAAGAAGUAACUGAACUAUUGCGACAAUGGGAGGAGCAGCACCAGUCGCCGAAUUACGAUCCAAUACCAACGUUGACAAGGAUAGCAGAGAUAAUCGAAGCGGAAACCGAGAAUUUUAUGAAGAAGGACCCGGAUCCAUUUGACGAAAGGCACCCGUCUCGCACUGACCCAGAGUGCGCACUUGGCCAUGCCUUGAAGGUUAUGUUUAAGAAGGAUAAUUUUAUGACCAAGUUGGUAAAUGACUACGUACGAGACACAUACUAUUCUCGUCAGAAUAUAACCGGACGUGAUGUGCAUAAGCUUAAUGUGGCCGCAUGCCGACUUACACUUGAUCUAAUGCCAGGCCUGGAGAUGAGUGUUGUGUUUCAGGACAACGAGUCGUUGAUCCAUCGGCUAGUGAACUGGGCCACAAACUCAGCCGAGCCACUCCAGUGUUACGCGACUGGUUUACUAGCUGCAGCUAUGGAGGUGCAGGAAAUAGCUACUAACUUCAGAGAUUUGAACGCGAUGCUGGUACCGCGCAUGCUCAAGAGGCUACACGAAUUGAGAAACAAGAAUCAGGAGGAGAAGCAAUCUAGCAACAAUACAGUGACGCCGCCUAACCAAACGCGGCACUUCGCGAGAUUCGACAAGAGGAACAAUGAUAUCAAGACGAAUGGACCCGCCGCCAAUAAGAAAGAUCGAGAAAAAGACGAAGGCGGAGGGGGUGACACUGUGAUGGACGAGAUACCUCUACAGCCAGGCAAGGACCCCGAAACACCAGUGAAGAACUAUUCCAACUGUAUAGGGGCGUCGUCUCCCCCCCAGUGGGGUAUGAUGUCCCCCCCUCCCAUCCCACCGCGGCCCCCGCCCGCGGCGCCCCUACCCCCCGAGACCUCCUCUAACUCCAGUUGGGCGGAGAUGGAGACAUACGUCAUCGGCAAUAUUCAGAUCCACCCGCCCACCGAUGCAACCAAGCAGAUGUUAAUAUUACGAUACUUGACGCCAAUGGGCGAAUACCAAGAGUUCCUUUCACACGUGUUCGAACAAAACGCACUAGGUCUCAUACUGGGAUAUCUAAACGUACGCGAGUCACGUGAUUCCAGGUUGGCGUUCGAAGCUUUAAAAUAUUUAGCCGCUCUACUUUGUCACAAGAAGUUCUCGAUAGAUUUCAUCAACAUGGGUGGAUUGCAGAAAUUUCUAGAAGUGCCCCGUCCAUCAGUGGCCGCUACGGGGGUGUCUAUAUGUUUAUACUACUUGGCGUACUGCGAGGACGCCAUGGAGAGAGUGUGCUUACUGCCGCGACGGACUUUAGCCGACCUUGUCAAAUAUGCAUUGUGGCUUCUAGAAUGUUCGCACGACUCGGGCCGCUGCCACGCGACCAUGUUCUUCGGCCUGUCAUUCCAGUUCAGGGUCAUAUUGGAGGAGUUCGAUAACCAGGACGGCCUCCGCAAACUGUACAAUGUGAUAUCGACGCUUCCCAUACUCGGGUCUGAUGACGAGGAGAUGCGAGUGUCGGACGACGAGACGUGCGCCGCCAGGCAGAUCGUGAGGCACGUAUGCGUCGCACUUAGAAGAUAUCUAGAAGCGCACUUGAGGCUUCGGUCCGCGCAAGUGGCGAGGCAGCAAGGCGACACAGUACCGGAACCACCGCCCUACAAGGCAUCGAAGUCGUCCCCCGAAGAGAUCCAGGAACAGAUCGAACUGCUUGCUGGCGUUGCGUGGUCCCGCUGGCCGCCCGUCGACGAACUGGUGGAACUCGGCGGAGUCACAUUGUUGCUGCAGGUGGUGGGGUUCGCUUACGAGUGGAACUUUAAUGGCAGGUCGGAAACAGUGAAAUCAGCCUUGGACGUGAUCUCGAUAUGCUGCGUGGCUCCAAGAGUGCAGCUACUCCUCACAGAAAAGGUGGAUAUGAGGGACGCGGAGCUAACUACCGGCGUCAACAUUGUACUGGGAGCGGCAGACGGUGAAAUAGUUGCCGAGCCAGAGGUACAGAAGGCGGCGCUUAAUGUUCUAGUCAACUGCGUCUGCGCACCCGUGCACAGAGCAGGCUCGUCUACGUCUCGCUUCUCGCUCACCGGCUCUAGUAAGAAGAAGACAGCGCUAAAAUCUUACGAGGACGUGAUACAGAAAGUGUGGGAGAGCGUGCGGACGAAUAACGGCAUUAUGGUAUUACUGUCGCUUAUGAUGGUGAAAUCGCCUAUAACGGACGCGGAUCGACUAAGAGGCUUGGCUUGCAGAGCUCUCGCCGGCUUAGCGAGAUGUCCCACAGUACGACAGAUCAUAUCGAAACUACCUCUAUUCACUACUUCGCAGAUGCAAGUGUUGAUGCGCGAUCCAAUACUGCAAGAGAAGCGGCAGGAACACGUCAUGUUCCAAAAGUACGCACUAGAACUGUUGGAACGGGUCUCGGGCAAGAGCAAACACAUGGGUACCGAGUUCGAGACCUCGCUGGCUAACAUUCACAAGGCUAACGUAGUAGCCCAGACCCGAAUCAACUACAACGAGCGGCAACUGCUCCAAUUAGUGGCGGAACAUCUGUGGGCCAGAGGGCUGACUCAGUCCGCGGACACAUUGAGGAGGGAGGCGGGGUUGCCGUCUCCUCCCUCCGCUAACGCUUCCCCGCCUCCGCCUCCGCCGCCGCCUGUGUACACGCCCCAUGCGCCUUCAAGGCCUCGGUUGUCGGUGUCUCGCACAAGCAGCGGGGGCUCGUUACAUCGCGACAGUUUGGAUACGAGCCAUCAUGCAGACGAGAGUAGCCCGCUACCUCACGUCAUCAAACUUAGGAAAGUGCAAACCCAACCGAUGACCCUCUCAUCUCCGAUAUCGUCAGCAUCGGAACACAAGCGUUCACUACAGAAACAAAUGAGUGUUACUACGGAAGUUGCGCCCCCCCACCACAAGGUCACUUUGGACAGCAUCAUCACGGAGUACCUGUACAAUCAGCACGCUUUAUGCAAGAAUCCUGUCGUGACAUGUCCACAAUUCAACUUGUUUCAGCCUCACAAAUGCCCGGACCCCCGAAACUCCUGGUCCAUACCGGGCAGCGGUUCCAUAAGCAGCGUUUGCGCUCGUGUCGCUCGCCGCGAGUUAGGCUACGGCUGCGGCUAUAAGCGAGCGGACGCGAGAUUGGCACAUUCUCAGUUCGCGCCGGUACGAACGCUUAGACCACAGGACGACGAUGCCUACUUCACGCAUACUAUAUUCCAUCCAACGCAACAUCAGCUGUUAGCCGCAACAUCAUCUGGUGACAUUCGAAUAUUCAAUCUUUUCACGGGCGUAGAAGAAAGCUCAUAUCAAGUGCACGAGUCCUACAUAUGUCAUAUGCAGGCUAGUAGAGACGGGUUAUUGUUAUUAGCUUCAACACCGACAACGUGGCGACCUCUAUCGGCAUUGUGGAACAUGAAGGAGUUUGAACAACUAUUUCAGCUGGACAACGAGGAGUACGUCGAGUUCUCGAAGGUUUCCGACGAUCGGAUCAUAGGAACUAAGGGAGAGACGGCAACUAUCUUUGACACGAGGACAGGCAGGGAGCUGAUGACCCUCACGCCAAGGAUAAGCAAUCAGUACGCCAAGAAUAGGGCUACGUUCAAUCCUACGGACGAAUUAGUGUUAUCAGAUGGUGUUUUAUGGGACGUGAACACAGGCAAAGAGAUCCACAAGUUCGACAAGUUGAACCAAACGCAUAGCGGAGUGUUCCAUCCGAACGGGCUUGAGGUUAUAUCUAAUACAGAAGUAUGGGACUUAAGGACGUUCCAUCUACUUAGGACUGUGCCAACUUUAGACAAAUGUGAGGUAAUAUUUAAUCCCACGUGCACUGCGUUGUACGCGGUGUGCUCGGACCAGGACUCGGAGGAGAGAAGCCAGUUCGAUACUAGUUUUAAAACUUUAGACCCCUUCGACUAUUCCAGCAUAGCGACUAUAGACGUAAAACGUAACAUAUACUCGCUGGCUAUAUCCCGUUGGGGCACUCAGAUAUCCCUGGUGGAGAAUAUGGGCGAUUUCGACCAGGUCCAGGAGUCCUGCGUUAAGGUUUACGAUGUGGGCAGGAAAAGAGACCACGACGAUGAUGCGGAGGAAGACGAAGAAGAGGAGCUGGCCGGAGGUUCUGAGAACGAUGAUGGAUCUGAUUCGGGCUCUGACAACGAUGAUGACUUAGCUAUAGCUUCGCUACGCGAUGCGGUGAUGGGGCUCGGGGGCAGCUCGGGGGAUUCAUCGCACGACGAGGACCAACCACCGCCUAGGAGAAUGCGGACUAGAAGACGGGCAGCGGCGGAGGGGCACAGUAGCGACAGUGACGGAGACCUGGAACUGCCGGACAUCAUCGAGUUUGACCUCGACUAGCUCGCAAUAUAUGUACAUGUUGAUCAGUUGACAUAUUGACUUUUAUUUACUCUAAACCUUUAUCAUUAUUGCCCGAUUACACUUAUUCAUUAGUUAUAUUAGAAAUGGAGGCCUUUGUCGAAAAACGGAUCUUUGCAUGUUGUGGGCCCUUGCUGUGUUUAAAGAAUGGUGUAAAAAAGCAGAUUUUGACAAAAAUGUCUUGUACUGUGUUUUGAUUUGGGACAGCCGUAUUUGUUGGCAACGCCACCAAAAAGAUUAAUUAAUAACAUAAAAAAAUGUUAAUGAAUCUCGGGCAUGCGCCCUUUCUCUUGCUGCACCGCGUGUCCAGCUAAUACAUUGUGCUCCGAAAUUUAAUAAAUAACUUAGUCAAAG